UUUCCACUGCCACCAGCUGACCAACUAGGGAGAAAAUAUAUAAAAAUAAUAAAAGAAAAUAUGCAAAUAAAUACAAAACCAUGCAAUAAAAAGUAACAGUGAGGAGUUCUAGAAGGAAGAAGAACAUGAAGAAUUGGUAGCUAGUGGCAGGCAGAUAUUUUAUAUUGUGAAGUUGAGAGAGGCGAUUAUGGCAACAUGCUAUCCGUCUCCAUCACCAAAACGACAUAGUAUCGCUCCGAUGGCCGACCCCAAUUCCAAUCCGAAACCUAGCUACUCUAACGGGCCUUACGCCACCUUCCGUAUACUCUGCCACGCGUCACGCAUCGGCGGCAUCAUUGGUAAGUCCGGCAACGUCAUCAAGGCGCUCCAGCAGGCCACCGGCGCCAAGAUCCGGGUCGAAGACGCCCCGCAAGAGUCCCCCGACCGGGUCAUAUUCGUGGUGGCGCCAGUCUCUUCCUCCGCCGGCGGAAAUGGCGGUGACGGCGAUGCUGGAGACGGUUCGGAGGAGGUCUCGCAGGCGCAGGAGGCGCUGGUGAAGGUGUUCGAGAGGAUACUUGACGUCGCAGCCGAGGGUGAUAGCUCGUGUUUGGACGACGAGAGGGUUGUGUCGUGCCGUCUUCUGGCGGAGGCGGCGCAGGUGGGGUCCGUGAUCGGGAAGGGUGGGAAGGUGGUGGAGAAGAUCAGGAGGGACACCGGAUGCAAGAUUAGGGUUUUGAACGACCGUUUGCCGGCGUGCGCUGCGCCCUCCGAUGAGAUUGUUGAGGUCAGUGAGUUUUCCUUUUUGUUGCAUGAUGGUACAUUGUGUCUGAGUAGCGUUGCUGUGCUGAAUUGUGAGAUUCUGCAUGUGAGUAGGGUUUUUGGAUUACUGGAUUUGAUUGUUUAGGAUUAUGAAUGCUGU